GGCCAACUCUGUGACACUGUUCUCUUGAACACACUCGUGGUUGCAUCAAACUUCCUGUCAUCUUGGUGAAGUCUCUCCACCCAGCCAGCGUUCAGCACAAACUGUAAACCACAGAGCAGAACGAGAUCUUCCUGUUACUGGACAUGGAUCUGUGUUUACUGUUCUUUCUGCUCUUGCUGAUGGGUAGAAAUGGAUUUUGUCAACAAGAAGAAGUUUGUUCCAAGUCUGUGAUCAACUCCUGCAGUGACUGUAUCAGAUCUGGGCCAUACUGUGUGUGGUGCAAACAGCUGAACUUUACCAAACCAGGUGAGCAGGAAGCAGCACGAUGUGACACCCAAGCUAAUUUAAGAGAGAGAGGCUGCAAGUUGGAUCAAAUUAUCUCUCCUCAGAACCAUCAAAGCAAUAUCAAAGAAGAUCCUUUGUCGGUGUCAUUCAACCAGCAGGAGCCUGUGCAGCUAAGUCCACAGAAAAUUAGUCUGAGACUGCGACCUGGGCUUUCUAUCACAUUUCCUGUCUAUUUUAAAAGAGUUCAGGGUUAUCCAGUUGAUCUCUAUUACCUGAUGGACCUGUCUUACUCCAUGAAAGAUGAUUUGGAAAAUGUCAAAGAUCUGGGACAAGAUCUUUUCGCAGAACUGAAUAAAAUCACUGAACACGCUAGAAUAGGGUUUGGUGCCUUUGUUGACAAGACAGUCCUUCCAUAUACUAAUACCAAUGAGAAGAAACUGCAGAAGCCAUGUGAUGAGAACGACCAGCAGUGUCAGGCUGCUUUUGGCUACAGACACGUGCUUAAUAUGACACCAAGUAAGGAUGAUUUCAAAAGAAAAGUGACAGAGCAGCUCAUUUCUGGGAACUUGGAUUCUCCUGAAGGGAGUCUUGAUGCCAUGAUGCAGGCUGCUGUAUGUGGGGACAAAAUAGGUUGGAGGAACAGCAGCACUCGGCUCAUUGUGCUGACCACUGAUGCUGGAUUCCACAUGGCUGGGGAUGGAAAAUUGGCUGGCAUACUGGAACCCAAUGAUGAACUUUGCCACUUGGAAAACAGCCUUUACACCGAGAGCACUGCAAUGGACUACCCAUCUGUUGGACAGCUAGCUAUGCAGUUGGAAAAAAACAACAUUCAGCCAAUCUUUGCAGUGACAAAAAAUGUAGAGACUGUGUACAAGCAACUCUCUAAAAUGAUUCCAAAAUCAGAGGUGGAAGUUCUGUCAUCAGAUUCUAAAAAUGUCGUUGAACUGAUUAAAAGGGCCUAUGAUAAAUUGUCUUCAAAAGUAACUGUGACCCAUGACAGCCUCCCUGACAAUGUAAGGGUUGUCUACACCCCGAAAUGUGCUCAUGCAGGACCACCAGGGGGCAGUGAAGGGGUUUGUGAUGAAGUACGAACGGGAGAGAAGAUUGCCUUUGAUGUCACUGUGACGGCGGACUCAUGUAUGAAGAACACGUCUUUCACUAUCAGACCACUUGGCAUUAAAGAUACACUGACUGUGUCUUUAUCUACAAACUGUGAGUGUGAAUGUGAUGACCCACAGGACAGUAGCCAUCCACACUGCAAGGACAAGGGGAGAGUUAGCUGUGGUAUUUGCAGCUGCAAAGAAGGCUUUGUUGGUCAGUUCUGUGAGUGUUCCACUGGUGAUAGAGAUGAACGUGCCCUGAGAGCAUCCUGUCAGAGAGAGAAUGGUACAGAGUGUGAGGGUCGAGGAGACUGUGUGUGUGGCAGGUGCCAGUGCCACACCACUGAGAGUGGAAACAGCUACCAUGGUGACUUCUGUGAAUGUGAUGAUGAACACUGUGAGAAGUUUCAGAAUAAACUAUGUGGAGGAAAUGGCAAGUGCAACUGUGGCAGAUGUGAAUGCAAUAAUGGCUACGAGGGUUCAGCCUGUCAGUGCAAGGUGUCCGAGGAGGGCUGUCGUACACUUAACAACACUGUGUGCUAUGGCAGGGGUACCUGCAAGUGUAACCGUUGUGACUGUAAGGAAGGAUACCAACGUCCACGUUGCCAAUUAUGUGUGGGAUGCCCUGACCCUUGUCAGACCAAACUAAACUGCAUUGAAUGCCUUGGCUUUGAGUCAGGUCCCUUUAAAAAAAACUGUAGCGUGGCUUGUGGGAGCAUUAAUCACGCAAUGGUAGAUCAGUUCACCAUAUCAAGCAAGCAGUGCCAGCAGAAGGACACGGAGGGGUGCUGGAUAAAAUUCAAGCUGGACCAGUUAGUUGGAGAGGAUAACUACAAGGCUGAAAUUCUGCAAGCGAGAGAGUGUCCUGAACCACCCAAUGUCAAAGCUAUCAUCGGAGGUUCCGUUGUAGCUGUUGCUCUCAUUGGCAUUGUGCUGCUGAUGCUCAUCAAGUUGUUGAUCUACAUGAAGGACCUGAAAGAGUUCAGGAAAUUUGAAAAUGAAAAGAAGAAAUCCAAGUGGGCAGAUGCUGACAACCCACUGUUCCAAAAUGCCACCACCACUGUGACCAACCCGACCUUCACUGGAGAGUGAGAACUAUUACGGCAGCACAGCAUGUUCAGUAAAUCAGUGUUGUAUCACUUCUACAUGUUAGAAGUUGUAAUGCUUAUGUAAAAUGUGCGCAAGUCCAUAUCACAGAUAUAUUUCUCAGCUCUAAUUUUGUCAUACUUUCUUUGUUACCAUAGCUGCAUUGUAAUUGUUCACUUAUUAUUGCAAUAUAUAUCUAUAUAUAUCUAUAUAUAUAGAUAUAUAUAUAUAAUAUGGGACUUAUAGAGGUGCAGCACGUAUAGAAUGUGCAGAAUAUAAUUACUGGAUGUUUGUACUGUUUUUAGUUAUUACUAUUUUCUGUUGAUGUGGCACAUACUCCUCCAUUUGAUUGCUAAAAUGAUUCCUUCUGGCCACUUUUAGAAUUAAUAGAUUUACUUUAUCAUCUUUAAAGCACUUCUUUAGUUCAGUAUCCAGUUACACUGCUGAAUUGCUGUUCACAUAUGAAAUAGGACACAGCAUCUGAUCCUCAGCCAGGGCUCUGCUGGCUGUCCCAGAGUUCUGGCUCAAGACCAAAGGUGACUAAGCUUUUGUAGUCAUUUAAUUACAUCUCUGACACUCCCCGCCCUACAAGCUGAGGGCUGCAGAAUCAGUCACAUCUCCUAAAAUACCUGUCUUUUCCCAAAAGCCUCUUAUUAAAGUUAGCUAUCAUCAUAUUGCCAACAUUUCUUUUAUGUUAGUAGUACCUUUAUUCCUGAGUUUUUGUUUAUUGUUUAUUUUUUCUAUUUUAGUUGGUUGUUAUUUGAUGAAGCCCAUAUGUUUUAAUACUUUUCAAUCUUGUGAAGUACUUUAUAGCUUUUCUGUAUGACAGUUAUUUUCUUCUCAUCUUUGAAGUAGGCUAAAAUUUCAAAGGACAAAAAAUUACUGGCUUGAGGAAGGGGGCUAUGCAAGGUU